GAUAAAGAGAAGCUUCAUCCAGGUCAUGGUCUUUUCUAUGAGUUUCAUCGCAAUCAAAGUGGACUCUCAGACAAUGUACUCCUCCAUGCACUUGGACAAUGGAGGAUCACAAAAGCAUUCCAUGACAUCUGUUUCCUCCCUCAAAUAUCAGUUCCCAGUUCCCAGUUGAUUGAUCCUGAUAAUAAAGGAGGUCAGGUUCCCAUCAGACUCUGGCAUGAUCAACUCUUUUCCAAGCCUCCAAAGCAUGGCGGGGUUGUUGCUUGGCAUCAGGACUAUAGUUAUUGGACACGGACUAAACCAAUGAAACACUUAACUAUACAUAUUGCUCUCGAUGAUCAGACCCCAGAAACAGGUGGAUUACAUUUUGUACCUGGAUCACACAGGUGGAGCAGAAAUGGGAAUCCUUUGCCAAUCACUGAUGCUACUUUUGGUGACAUGGAGUCAUUGAAAAAGGUACUGACAGAAGAAGAGUUUGCUCAAUUCAAACCAGUUCCUUCCGGUUUAAAGAGAGGACAUGCUAGCUUUCAUCAUCCUUUAAUGGUACACGGAUCAUACGCUAACAAGUCAGAGAGGCCAAGGAGAGCAUGUGUUGUUAAUUAUAUUGCUGACGGUGUUUGGUCUGAUACUAAUGAACCUUUGCUUAAUGGGGUUCCUCUCAUUGAAAAGGGUAAUAAAAUGGAAGGACAGUUUUUUCCUCUUAUUUUUGAUCCAAAAUGGGCAAGUCCUGCUUAAAGAUUUAACAAAAGAGCUAUACGUGCUAAUUAUAUUCUUGUUUAUUAAAAAUACGCGCUGUU